UCAGACGGAAAUUGGGCGGUGGCAAGGCAAGGCCUCACGCGGUAAGGCAGCCUCACUUCCGGCCUUGCGCGCGGAGGGUCUCAAGACGCCUGACGCCUGACGGUUACCAUGAAGUUCAAUCCCUUCGUGACCUCGGACCGCAGCAAGAACCGCAAACGCCACUUCAAUGCUCCCUCGCACGUGCGCAGGAAGAUCAUGUCGUCCCCGCUCUCCAAGGAGCUGCGGCAGAAGUAUAACGUCCGCUCCAUGCCGAUCCGCAAGGACGACGAGGUCCAGGUGGUUCGAGGACACUACAAAGGUCAGCAAAUUGGCAAGGUAGUCCAGGUGUACAGAAAGAAGUAUGUCAUCUACAUCGAGAGGGUGCAGCGCGAGAAAGCUAAUGGUACAACUGUCCAUGUGGGAAUUCACCCAAGCAAGGUGGUUAUCACCAGGCUAAAAUUGGACAAGGAUCGGAAAAAAAUUCUUGAACGCAAAGCCAAAUCACGACAAGUUGGAAAAGAGAAAGGCAAAUAUAAGGAAGAGCUUAUUGAGAAAAUGCAGGAAUGAAUAUAACCUGUUGUACAACCACAGUUUAACCCUAGAAUUUUAGCCUAGUGUGUGUUGGGAACUUUUCAAGAUGUCUCUAGAACAUUUCAUUUUCCUCUUGUUUUAUUGAUAAGUGGCUGUUUAAAUCUAAGAUUUACCUCUGUAAAUGUAUUUUGAUUAACAAUUCAAUGAAUAAAAAUUGGAAAUGUUUCCCAGUUGCAAAUGGUGUUUGCAUUGUUUUGUAAAUAAAGUC